UUCGGUGGAGCGGCUCGUCGGCGGCUGGACUCCGGACAGCGCGAGGGAAUUGAAGUCGGGAGUCUGUAUUCAACCGGAGCAGGACACGGAAGAACGACGACGCUUCGAUGCCGACGAUGAGAGGUUGAUACCGGGCUGAAUGUGAAGCCGAGCCGCGUAGAGGAACCGGAGCAGCUGAUCACAGAGUCUGGGGACAGCAAGGGCAGUGACUCGGCGCUUGUCUCAGUUUCCGGACUGAUUCCUCUGCUGUGAGGAGACGGGGAGAAGAAUCAGCAUAUUUUUGCCGACGACACCGAACACGCCGUCUCCCUGUCCUCUACGCUCACAGCUUCACCCUCAGCACCCGCCACGACCCGCGGCCCAGAUGACAGCUCAGACACGCGUGCCGUCGUCCCACUCCGCACGGGCCUCCUUUCCACUCCCUCCAGCCCCCGUGGCGCUUGGCACCGACGCCCAUCACGCAGACAGAUGGAGCCAACCCUGACCCCUCUCCUCACCCGCGGGGACGCCAAGAGAAUCGACGCCUGACUAGAGGGGGGGGGGGGGAAAGGAAGAAGAAGAGGAGAGUAUUGUUGUCACCACGGCAACACAUCUCCUUCCGCUCCGGCAGCCGGACAGAAACAGGCUUGGGAGCAGAUUUUUUUGUGUGUGAAAUGAGCCUGACACUGUCACACCUUGGCCACAUCCCCUGAAAACAGCAACAUAUGGAUUGGCAGUGAUUAGCGGCGACCUGUUGUGAGGCAAAGUUGGACGUGACAUCUCCCUCCCCAUGUGAACAGGCGGACCGUCCCUGCCCUGGAUAUCAUGUGACUUGUGAAUGUCCGACGCACCUGAACUUCUCCUGAGUGGAUUUGAUCUCCUUCUGAGGUGGCGCUGUUUUUCCUUUCGUCGAGGGAAGAGACAUGUCAGAAAUGGACGACUUUCCCCCCUUGAGGGAACCCAGAGACUCGGACGCCGGCCUGGGCGGGCCUGCCGACCCGGCGCAGAUCCAGAACAACAUCCUGGAGGAGCAGGUGGAGCUGUGGUGGUUCAGGGAUCCAGGGAAGUCUCUGCUCUGCUAUUGCGUGGCAGUCUUCCUCAUCCUGGGCUGUGGCCUCGGCGGCGUGGGCCUGCUGUCCACUACGACCAGUAUCUCCAGCGAGUGGCGCUUGGGCGCUGGCACCGCCCUCUGCCUGCUGGCGCUCGGGGUCCUGCUGAAGCAGCUGCUCAGCUCGGCCGUGCAGGACAUGAACUGUGUCCGCAGCAGGCAGCAGGUCGACAUGCUGAAGAGCGGCGGGCUGUCGGACCUGCUGGUGGUCCUGAUCACCGGCCUGUCCCUGCUCAUCUGCGGGGGGGUUCUCCUCCACCUGGCCUUGGUCAACCACAUGCCCAAACCGGGUCAAGCCCUCAAUGACAUGUACAUUUCUGGAGUGGUGCUGCUGGCCGGAGGAGGAGCCGCCGUUUUAGGCGUCGCCAUAUACACGCUGGUGGUUGUUCUGUUGCAGAGAACGCGGCACGGACGGCGGCUGGUGGACCGAGUCUUGACCAUCUUCACCGUCUCCGGCCGCAUGGACCACCAGGCACGACGAGAGACCACGUCCAGCCUGGCCAACCUCAUAUGAACCGCAGAACUGCUCUCAACAGCCGCCACUGAAAAUGUCUGGAUCUGACAUGAACACCAGCUGGUACUAAGCACAAGACGGCGAGGCUGCAGGUAGCAGGACGUGCGAGCAAGAGACCACGUGAUCCAUUUGUGCGUCUGCUGACGCUGUAUGCUACGCGCAUCAAUGACUUUUGAAUAGUGGGAGCUUCCAGUCACACAGAAGAUGAGGGCUUUGAAAUGCAUCUUCUGGGUUUAGAGAGAUCAUGGUCGCGUGUCUGUGUGGAAUCACUGAAAGAUCCAACAAAGAAUCAUGAAUCACUUGGUCGUGGCAACCACAGUCUGGAGCUUUCAGGAGACCAUGAACCUGCAGCCUUAUCCUGCCGAUGUUUUAAAUAACAAUGAAAUGAGACACAUUUCAAAAGGAUGCAUGACGUCAAAUUACAAUGUUUACCUUCAAAAAAAUCUUAAGUUGCCUAUUUCAGUUGAUUUACAAUGUAAAAUUGACCAUAAUUGAGGAGUCGUCACAUGAAACUAAAGAAAGGAAUAAGUUGACAAACCAAAUUCAGUAGAUUCAAAUGAGCAAGGAAAACCCAACUUGACUGCACCAAAGUGAAUCACAAGCUUCAUAUCACCUUUCUGCUCUCUGGAAAUGACAGCAAAAAACAAACAGGCGGUGGCUUCGUGCUCGGUCCUGCCACCAUCAUCACCUCAAAGAUGAAGCCUUCUUGAAGUGAGAGCAUGUUCUUCCUCCUCUUCUAUAACGGCGACUUGAAGCUCAAAAUUUUGUCUCAGCAUUAGCUAAAAUCUUGACUCAGCAAUAGCUAACAACGGCAUAGAUCGCAUCGCGGAGCCAAUGGCUACACGGAAGAACAUAAUACACAAAAUAGCUUUCCGUCGUGGAUGUUUCAGAUGAUUCACUUGUCGAUAGGUGAAAUAUGUCCGUGUUCUUACAGUCCAGGGCCUCAGGCUGGGACCAUAUAUAUGGAGAUUGUGCCAGUGAACUGGCUCACUUCUGGUCUGUGUGGUCGAACAGUUGGCUGCCUUCACAUCACAGUUCACAGUCGUCGCAUCCAAGCAGUGCAGAUGGUGCUUCUCUCCUCAAAAAAAAAGCUGUUGACUAAAACAAAACCCUGACCAUCGGAAACAACAACAACCCAAAUAUUCACAGUCCUUGCUGCUGAACCAACCCUGCCCCCCAGGUGAGACGUUCCUUCAUGCUGAGAUGUGACUUUAAACUUUGUUUAUCUAAGUUACCAAAUUCAACAAGUGUAUCUUGGUUUUUCAACUGAUCCAAUGAGUUGUUUUUAGGGGUGGGAGCUCAAUGGGUUGAGCGCCAUAUAUACUGUACUAAUCCUGGGGUGGGCUCCACCCUGCCGAAACCUUUUCCUAAACUAAACCAUCGUGGGUUUUACAUGCUGCUGGGUGGGAUUGGAACUAGGGGGCCGGGUCGGGCCUGGUGCGACUCCACCUAUUGGUUCUGCAGCGAGGAGCGCUUGAAUUAUUCUCUGCUGUUCCGUUUCUUGGUACAUUCACUUCCUUCUAUGACCUAGCGUGUGAAGUUCACGCAACAACCCUCUGAAGAUCCGCCAUUUUAUUUUUGAGGGUCAAGCUUCAGUCUCCUGGAAGCUGUGGACGUUCACCCUCUCUGGUGAUUUUCAAGAGACAUGUGGUGGCUCAACUCAGCAUUUACUUCGAAUCAAGUGCUCCUGCUGUUGUCAGUAAGUGCUGACCUCGACAGUAUUUCGAAGGAUGAAAUUGGUUUUUAAAAGCACACUCGAGCUGCAGAGGCUAAAGAAGAAAAAAAACCAUGUUGCAGAACUGUAAACAGAUGACAAGAUAAAGGGGGGAAACUGGCGGCGUCGCUCAGCUAAACCGACCGCGGGGUCGUGGAAAUGCCACGACAUCUGUGUUUUUCUCGUGUCCUCUGGCCACACAUCUGCCACAAUUACUGAGCUAUUUUGGGGGUUUUGAGGACAGAUCUCAGUUCUUUUCUCUACAUCCAGGCGAGAUCAGGACUGAGGAGGCCCGGACUCAUUCAAACCUCCUCCAGUGUUUUAGUGUCCUGUCACCGUGCAGUUGGGCUGCAGGCUGGGAGGAACCACAGCCCCUGGCUGCAGUGUGCGACGACUUGAGGGAUGAGUUUCUGGGAUUACAGCACUUUGAAUGUAAACAGCAAUUGUUUAUCUGAGCAUGGGCAAAAACUUGUUUUUCAUAAAGCUCCUUUAAAAUACUCUGUG